AUGUUGUCUUCGAAUCACAGUUGGUCACUCGAUUCUGGGGUUGCGCAUGUCCUCUUCAACUACGUGGGCCACCCCACCCACCCAUCGGUUAAGUUUUCAGUCCUGGUCGUGUCGCAGCAGAACACGUCUGCCCUUGGUAUCGGAACCAAUACGCCCUGGAGCACUAUUAAGUCGGCUAUGGAUUAUCUACGUCUUUAUUUCUUUCAAGAAUCGCGGGUCGAUUUUAUUUCUUCUCUGUCACAAAAAUAUCAAACACUUAAUCUUUCCCCUACUUAUACUUAUAUACGCCACCUAGUCCAUAUUACCAUCAUGUCUCGCGAAACCCAGCAAUUCCACCGCAAACUCAUUGCCAAAGACCAUACACUUCCAUGCGUCCGCUACCGGUCCAUGAACCAGAUUCUCCCCAACCUCUUUCUCGGCGAUUGCAAGGCCAUUCUCGACCCCGUGUCCAUCGUGAAUAACAAUGUCAGCCACGUGCUAUCUCUAAGACUCACACCUACACACAUCCGUUCGUUGGUGGGUGUAACUCAUUGCCAGAUCUAUAUCGAUGACUCCGAAGAUCAAUGGCUACUUGAUGGCCUGAACGCCGCGAUGGAGUUCCUUGAAGAUGCCAUGGAUAUGGGCGGAACCGUUCUAGUGCACUGCCAGGAGGGAAGAAGUAGAAGUGCUUCUGUCGUCAUCGCUUUUGUGAUGAAGCAUUUUCAGGUGUCAUAUGAAGAGGCAUGGUCAUACGUUCGGAAACAACGACCGGUUGCGAGUCCAAACCCAGGAUUUGUGGAACAGCUAAAAAUCUGGGAAUACCGAGGCUACUGGUAG